AUGAGCUUCACUGGUAACAAGGGCUUCGGCCAAUUCUGCGGUUCUCCAGCCUACGGAUUCCAGAAAACACAGUUUAACCGGAAUGGUGCUGGCAUCAAGCCGAAUGGACACGGGCCCACUAACAACAAGGGCGGUCGUAAGAAGGGCAACAAUCGACGUGGCAAGCAGUACCCAGCUGGUUGUAACAACGACAGCAACAAAGGCCAGCAAGGCCGUCGGACUCCGAGAAGCCAGAACCAGCAACAGGCUGGCAACUGGACUGGCAACCAGUUCCAGGUUUACGACCAGCCCCAGAACCAGAACCAGAACCCGAAUGGGUCGAGACGGACUGCCAAUUUCCCCGCUCGGGGCGGCCGCAAGAACAACCGGAGGUUCAAUCCGAUCCCUGUCAACAACAAGGGCUUUCCCACUGGUCCCAGUGGCAGACAUGCCAAGGCCAGUCCCUGGGAUGGGGACAUUAUCAUGCAUGACGCACCGCGCAUCAAGAAACCAGGAUGUCGCUCUAUUCAGGACGUUGCCAUGGUUGAUGCUUCCACGGUCGUCAUGCAGCAGCCAGUCUGGGAGGAAGAUCGAGACGUGGCAAUGCAGGAUGCACCACCACUCCCUGAGGAACAGCCAGUCUACCAGUACCAGUUUGACCUGGGAAGACACUUCCUCCUUGCCUUUGAGCAACUUGCUCUGGAAAAACAACAAGAAAGGGGGCUUCUCGCCCAAGGGCUCUUGGAAAUGCAGAGUCUUGCUGCAUCCAUGCUUCAUCUCGCCCCCCCAAUGCAACCACAAAGUUGA